AUGGAUAAGAGUUGGAUUUCUAAUAACAAUAGAUUGUCUGCCAAGUACAAUAAGGGAUUGCAAAAAUUCAUUAGAUUAUCAAGUAGUCAUCUGAAUGAGGAGAAUAAGAUUCGGUGCCCAUGUGUUAUGUGUAUGAAUUUAUACUUUCAUGACUUACAGACAAUUGAGCGUCAUAUCUACGUAAAAGGGUUUUAUACUCGAUAUGUUAACUGGGUACAUCACGGGGAAGAUAUUUUAGAAGAAAGUGAUCAUGAUAAUAAUGAUGCUACUGAUGUCGAAGAUUUCAGUGAUAUUGGCGAUAAUAAUAAUGACAUUGACCAUGAUGACAAUGAUGAUAUGAUCCCAGCAAUUGAAGACUUGGCUCAAGAAGUUCCUACACAUAAUGCUUCUGAGAAUUUUGAGGAUUCAAGUCAUAAGGAGAAAUGGAAAAACUUCCAUAACUUAUUUGAUGAAGUAGAAAAAGAAUUGUAUCCUGGAUGUACAAAGUUUUCAAGUUUGACUUUCAUGGUUAAGCUAAUGCAUAUAAAAGUAUUGACUAGCUUGAGUAUUAAAGGCUUCGACAUGAUUCUUGAGCUUCUUAAGGAUGCAUUUCCUGAUGAUAACAAAAUCCCAAAUUCUUAUUAUGAGGUUAAGAAAAUAUUGAGUGGUCUUGGUUUAGAGUGCGAAACAAUAGAUGUAUGUAAGGAUGAUUGUUGUUUGUACUGGAAAAAUAAUAAAGAUGCUACAAAUUGUCCUAUAUGUGGUCAUGAAAGAUAUGAGUACCAAGGAACUAAAGGAAAAAAAAUACCACAUAAAAAGAUGCAUUAUUUUCCAAUAACUCCCCGUUUACAACGACUUUUUAUGUCAAGACACACCGCAGCAGAUAUGAGGUGGCACAAAGAAAAACGUGUGGAUACUGAAGGUGUACUUAGACAUCCGGCAGAUGCAGAGGCUUGGAAAGAUUUCGAUAAGCAAUAUCCUGAUUUUGCCAAAGAGCCUCGAAACAUUAGGUUGGGAUUUGCAACAGAUGGGUUUAAUCCGUUUGGUGAUUUAUCAAACUCAUACAGCAUGUGGCCAUACUUAUUCCCCGGACGUCGUGCUCCAGGUAAGGACAUAGAUGUCUAUUUACAACCCUUAAUUGAAGAACUAAAAGAAUUAUGGGAGAAAGGAGUAAGAACUUUUGAUGUUGUUGAUAAAACAUAUUUUACAAUGCGUGCUGCUGUGUUAUGGACAAUUAAUGAUUUCCCUGCAUAUGGUACUGUGUCCGGCUAUAGCACUCAAGGGUAUAAGGCAUGUCCAGUUUGUGAGGAUGACACAUCUUCAUUUCGAGUUAGGGGUAAGAUCUCUUACAUGGGACAUCGUCGAUAUUUGUGUGCUGAACAUCAGUGGCGCAAUGAUAAGGAAUACGAUGGUACAAUUGAAACACGAAAUCCCCCUCGCAGUUAA